AUGAAUAUUUCUGUCUCACCGCCUCGUCGUCGUCUCCGUCGUAAUCAUAAACAAUCAACAGAGAAGAGUCAUGAUGCUGAAACAUUGAAAUCACUUCAUGAUCAUGCAUCAUCAAUUGAUAGAGCAAGUUCAAAUGAAGUCAUUGAAGAUGUUGAUUUACUGAACAUCAAUGCAGAUAAUAUAUCAUCAUAUACAGAAGAAAAUAGAGAUAAAAUAAUUAUUCAAAUAACAACAACAAAAAAUGAUUCAUUUGUUGAUCAUCAAUUGAAGACAAUCAGUGAUAAUCAAUGUUUCAAUGAUAUUGUACCAUUUAAUGAUUUAUCCAAUACCGUUUUAUUACAUAAUCACCUUCAAUACAAUAUUGAUAAUUUGACAAUCAAAGAUCUUGCAUCAGAUAGCAAUCAAUUAAAAGAUAUUAAAAUUCUAUCAAUUAAUGGCUGUUCAUCUAAUGAUAGUUCAUUAUUAGAUGAUAAUGUCGUACUAGGAAAUGAUAUGUUAAUCGAUUUUACUCAAGUCGAUGAUGAUAAUGUUGUCGAAUCUCAUGAUAAUACAGAAAAUGAAAAUAGUUUGACAAAGCCUAGUGUUAUAAUGAAAUUACGAAAAGAGAGAAAUCAAGCAAAACAAAAGUUUGAUUCUCAAAUUGAACGAGCUGCUGCUGAAUUAAAAGAACUCAGUAAUAAACUUAAUGAGUUAAUUCAAACAAAAAAAAACAAAAAUGAAGAAUAG